AUGGAGAUGUCCCAGGGCACGUACACGUUCCUGGUGUGCUUCGCCGGGUUCUGGCUGGUGUGGGGGCUCAUCGUGCUGCUGUGCUGCUUCUGCAGCUCCGUCCAGCGGCGGCUCAAGCGUGAGCGGCGGGAGCAGCUGCGUGAGCAGUGCCUGCGGCCGCUGGACAUGGACGCGCUGGACUUCCCCACACCGCUGCCCCCCCCACACCUGGAGCCGCCGCGCUUCUACUCGCCCUACACGCUGCCCUCCAGCUCCAGCUACAGCCUGCAGCCGCGCCCCGCUAACGCUAACGCCAGCCGAGGGAGCAGCGGCCCACACAGAGGGCAUCACAGCAGCGGCCCACAAGUUCCAGUGGACAGUGACCCGUGUGGGCAGCCGCCAUGUUACGAGGAGGCCGUCCUGAUGGAGGACCCUCCGCCUCCGUACAACGAAGUCCUGGCCGAACCUCCACGCCAGCCUCCUCCCAUCCUGCACGGCCCCCGAGACAGCAGCGGCGGCGGCGGCAGCGUUGUGGGUGGGGGUGUUGGCGUGGGUGGGACGCUGAAGGCCCCUCCGCGCGCCCCCAGGGUCCCCCAGGAGCCGGACAUCAGCAAGGCCAGCCCUGAGGCCCUGGGCCUGCUGCCGCUGUCGCUGCGCGCUCCGCACGGCUGCUCCACGCUCAUCAGGCUGCCCCCCGCGCCGCGCCGCUGGGACUCCCUGGGCCGCCUGCCCGCGGGGCUGGGGCUGGAGCGCCGCAGCUUCCCCCUGGAGCCCCAGGUGUCCUUCAUCGCCACCAUGCCGCGCCACGGACGCACGCUCGGCCUCGGCCUCGGACACGGCGGCCCCCCGGCCCUCGGCCUGACGCUGCUCAGGGAGCUGGAGGAGGACUGCGGCCUGCCCACCGCCUACCCCCUACUGGGGCGCAGCACGGCCGUCUGA